UCGGGCCCAGGUUCGAGAGUGGUCGUUGGUUGCGCCUCUUGUCCGAUACACGCGAAAGUAAAGCGCGGGCCCGCUGGAGAGAGAGAGAGAGGACAGUUGUUGGUAUCCGUCGAUUGGUUAGACUGAGGGUAACACGCUCGACAGAAGCUGCUGGUUGAUUGAUUUGACGGUUACAUAAGUGAUCUAUCUGUCGCCGAAUUGUUGUCGAGAAGAGGCGUGUUGCACCCGAAGUAUGACGACCGUUCUCCAGAACGGCGGGGGGUUCCUCAACCGCAUCUCUGGAGGAGCACCUUCCAAGAACUGCCUCGCCUGCAGCGGCAAGACUACUCCCGAAAUCACGUGCCAUGCUUGCCAGUCCCAUGUGUGCAAGUCCUGUAUUGAUGCUUCCGCGGGAGAAGAGCAGGAGAUGCGGAAGUGCGAAUCGUGCAGUCAAAGUUGUUGCCGUCGUUGUCGCGACGUGUGCCAUGACCCCGAUUGUCAGGCCGUUCAUUGUACGGGAUGCUCUACCAUGGAGGCAUGCCACCAGUGUGACGGCAUCUUCUGCACCGAAGCCGUGGAUGACAUAGAGUGUGCUUCUCGCUGUACCUGCGAUGAGAUUAUUUGUACCGAGUGCAACGAGGAGUGUAAUCUUUGUAAUGCCAUCCUCUGCGAUGCCUGUGUCCGAGAGUGCGCCGAGUGCAGCGAUGUCUUCUGCAAGGCGUGCGAAAACUUCGUCGUGACUUGCGAGUUUUGCGACAAGGAGUAUUGCUUAAUUUGCUGCGCCAAGAAGACACCGUGCGUGAAUUGCGGCAAGAAGCCCAGCCGCCCCCGCCUCAUCGAAGCCACGGCCCAGCUCAAGCGCGUGCAGCAGGGCUUCCAGGCGAGCGAGAUUAUGAUUCCCCCCGUGGCCCCCAUCGCCGGGCCCAGGGUUUCGGCCGAGUCUGCUAACGCUACUGCCGCAGCCGCAAAGGACGAGGAAGCCGAGCGCCGCGCCAAAGAGGACGAGAGGAAGAAGCUGCAGGAGUCUAAGGACAAGGAGAAGGCGGCGGAGCUCGAGAAGAAGAAGCGCGAAGCCGCCGCCGCCGCCGCUAAGAAGCAGCGGGAGGAGGAGGCGGCGGAGGAGGAGAAGAAGCAGCAGCGAGCCGCCGCGGCUGCUGAUGAGGAAGAGAGGCGCAAGCGCGCCGAUGACGCUGCCGCGGCCGCCGCCGCGGCCGCCGCCGCGGCGAGUGCCUCUGCCGCGGAAGCGCAGCAGCAGAAGCCGCGCGGUACCAACAUGAUGCCCAAGAAGGCUAAAAAGAAGAAGGGCAAGAAGAAGGGCGGAGGGGGGGGCAAUGCGGCUGCCACCGCCGCCGCCGCCGCCGCCCCCGCCGUCCCCGCCCAAGCUGCCAUCCCCAUCCGUACUGAGUUGCCCCCGCCGCCUCCCCCCGUUGUGGCGCCUUCGACGUCGGAGAUGGAUCAUUCGGUCAUCAAGGAGUGGGUCCUCGAGGUUGCGUCUCGGAGGGUGCUUGCGACGCCGGAUGAGAUAAAGCGCUAUUUCCACGGUCGUGUUGACGAAGAUGUGAUCGAUUUCUACAACGAAGAAUUCUCCAAUUGCCGGGCGACCGUCAUACAGUGCGCAGAGUUUCUCAACAUUGAAGUGCCUCCGGAUGACCAGAUCAGCCGUGGCGAUCUCAAGCGCGAGCCAGAGGACCAGGGGGCACGCGGAGGGGGGGUAGGGGGGGGUGCCUCCUCCUUCGCCCGCGGGCAGGAAGACGAGGAGGAGGAAGACGACGACAUCAACAGCGAGCUCGUCGCGGGAGCGUUCGGCGCUAAGGAGCGCACGAAGCACGGCGACUACAGCGCCUUCGAGCACCCCUUGGAGAGGCGCGCCAACGAGGCUAAGCAGAACGACUGCAAGGACUUGAAUGUCCUGAAUGCCAUCCUGCAAGAGGCCCACGGUGAGGUGGGCCUGGGGAAAAUGAAGAAGAUGAUCAAGAAGAUGGUCAAGCGCAUUAACGAGACUCGGGAGGAGCAGAAGAAAUUGCGGACGCAGAGCGUGGUCAAGCCCAAGCGGGAAGUGUCUGCCCAAAAGCUUCACCCUGCCUACGCCAGCAAAGAGCCCACGUUCUCUAGCUUUGCUCCGAGCACCAUCCCCGACAAGGUUCCAGACGCCAUGCUCGACAUACCGCCCAAUGUGGUGGGCUGGGUCAUCGGCAAGAACGGCGCCCGCAUCAAUGACAUCCAGAGCAAGACCAACGCCGCGAUGUGGAUGGAUCAGAACUUCCCCGACGGGGUGAUGCGCAAGCUUCACAUUCACGGUAACAAGCAGCAGGUGGAAGCCGCCAUUGCCGAGGUGGAGUUCCUCAUGAAGUCUGCCCCGGUCAACACUCCAAGGCCGGCAAGGAUGGGCCCAAAGCAACUCCCCCAUGGAGGCGGCUUGCCCCCGGGACACCCGGAUCUCAAUUACUCCAAGAAAACCAUUAAGUGUCCCCACGCUCUGGUUGGGUAUCUCAUCGGUAAAAAGGGCGCCAUGAUCAAGCAUAUCAAGUCGAUGAGCAACGCGAACGUGGAGCUGUUCCAGGGAUACCCUGAUGGACAUCCCCGCGACGUGUUUAUCACGGGCACUGCCGAGGAGGUGGAUUUAGCCGCGACUCUCGUGGACGAGGUGAUCGCUUCGGGCACCGCCUCGGACAACACCGCCGCUGCCGCUGCCGCCGCCGCCGGCGUCGGCCGCGAGAAAGUUUACCCCUUACUUUAA